CAUUUCAUUUGCAGGCAAGGUCAUCCUCGGAAUGUGCUCGUCACACACUGCUAGACACUGUUUGUUAGCAGUCAGUUGCAUAAGGUUGUGUAACAGCAGCUCUUGCACAGCUCCCACCAUUUUAUGCACAGGGUAGGCAUGUCUUUGCAACUCUCUGUAAGACUAAAGCGAUUCUUCAGUGCUUGUCUGAGCAGCUGGGAGAGGAAAUGUUACAGCACCCAGUCCCAGUUUGUAGAUGCAUUAAGAGUGGUGGUUGGGGAGACAAACAUCUCAACAUCAUUGACUGUGCGAGAGCAGCAUGGGAGAGAUGAAUCUAUGCACAGUUGCCAUCCACCAGAUGUGGUUGUGUGGCCACAACAUGUUCAACAAGCCAGCGAGCUAUCAAGAAUGUGCUAUGAACACAAUGUCCCACUCAUCCCUUUUGGUACCGGAACCGGAUUAGAAGGAGGAGUCAGUGCAAUAAAGGGUGGAGUCUGCUUCAAUAUGACACGAAUGGACAAGAUCCUGAAUUUAAACGCUGAAGACUUUUCCGUUACAGUUGAACCUGGAGUCACACGUAAAGCUCUAAAUAGUUAUCUGAGAGACAGCGGACUCUGGUUUCCAGUUGACCCAGGUGCUGAUGCCUCAAUCUGUGGUAUGGCAGCCACUAGCGCCUCAGGCACCAAUGCAGUGCGCUAUGGCACAAUGAGAGACAAUGUCAUAAACCUGGAAGUGGUACUGCCUGAUGGAAGGAUACUGGACACAGCUGGGAAGGAUCGAGUGUUCAGGAAAACCUCUGCUGGUUACAACCUGACAAGCCUUUUUGUGGGAUCCGAAGGGACACUUGGCAUUAUAACUAAAGCGACCCUGCGUCUACACGGCAUUCCUGAAGCUGUGGUAUCUGCGGUUUGUUCAUUUCCUAGUGUUCAGGCAGCAGUGGAUAGCACAGUACAAAUACUACAGUGUGGAGUUCCAAUUGCUAGAAUUGAAUUUCUAGAUGACGUCAUGAUUGAUGCAUGUAACAAAUUUAACAGACUGAACUACCCAGUAUUACCCACUCUCUUUUUGGAAUUCCAUGGGACUGAGCGCGGUCUGGAGGAACAAGUUCAACAGACAGAAGAAAUAACUCAGUUGAAUGGUGGAUCUGACUUCACAUGGGCAAAAGACCAGGAAGAAAGAAACAAGCUGUGGACAGCACGACAUAAUGCAUGGUACGCUGCACUCGCACUGCGCCCAGGAUCCAGGGGUUAUGCUACAGAUGUAUGUGUUCCUAUAUCCAAACUUCCUGAAAUCAUAGUGGAGACUAAAAAAGAUUUGCUUGACUCGCGUCUCACAGGCCCAAUUGCUGGUCAUGUUGGUGAUGGGAACUUUCACUGCAUAAUGGUACUGAACUUGGAUGACCCAGAUGAAGUAUCCAGAGUUAAAGAAUUCACCAACCGUUUGGCUAGGAGGGCACUGGCAAUGAAUGGCACCUGUACAGGAGAACAUGGCAUUGGGUUAGGAAAACGCAAACUAUUGAUGGAAGAAAUUGGUGAGGUUGGCAUUGAGACAAUGAAGCAGAUAAAAGCCACACUUGAUCCUAAGAAUCUUAUGAAUCCUGGGAAAGUUAUUUAAGACGCACUGGAGGAUCAUUAUUUGAAGUCAAAAUUAAAAAUUUUACUCUGACACUUAACUACUUUCUAUGGGACAACAAGGAAUUUUUGCACUCAGAAUUCAGAGCAAUUCAUUUGAUAGUUUCACUCUACAGAAUUGAAUGAAGAGAUGGAUAUGUCACAGAUCAUAUCUGAAAAGUGCUCUGGUGCUACCUCAGAUCUACAAUUAUCUUAAACUCUACUCUAUCACAUCUUUCUUUGUUUAAAACCGUUAUUGAUUUAAAAAUAUCAUUAUUUCUAGCUUAACUGACAUCAUUUUACUUUUUUGUGAAUGUGAAGCUUGUUAAUUGUUAUUUAAUUUGCCUUAAACUAAAAAUGAAACAAAAAACAUAAUUAAGUGUGACUAGGUGAAAGGCAGUUAACACUUGCAUAAAUAUUGAAUACAGUAAACAAUAAAAUCUUUCACUUUGUUAUUAAUAAA